AUGGCUGUCCUAAAAAACGAGUGGGAGAAGGCCAUUAAACUGGUGCUCAGCAGUCUGAGUGAGGAAGAUCAGGUCAAAUGCCAGAAUCAUCUCAGGCACAGCCCAAAGGACUUCCGCGGGGCGGCCGAUCGCCUGGGCUUCCGCUGUCACAUUGAGAAGAAUCUGUUGAACUGUUUGCACAAGUACCACGGAGACCCUAAACAGGCCUUCCAGGUGCUGGCAUGCCUGCACGUGCGCGCUUAA